UCCGCCCCGGCUCCGCUCCGCUCCGGCUCCGGGAUCCGGCUGGGGCUCUGGCUCCGGCAGCGCGCGCCGCUCCGCCGCCAGAGGGCGCCCCGCCCGCUCUUAAAGGGGCCGCGGCGUGGAGGCUGGGGGUGGGAUGGGGAGGGGGCAGGCCGCUCCUCUUCCCACCCCGGCCGAGCCGCGCCUUGCCGCGCCUCCUGCAUCCGCAGAUCGCCUGGCAACCCAUCCUCCUCACGGCGUCCGGAUAUCUAAGGCGCCUCUCCUUUCCUCUCCUCCCGGCCAUCAUUCACCACACCCCCAGGCACGGACUCUCCCACCCCAGGCCUUUACAGUUUGCAAGGCUAUUUCACAUUUACCCCGUGAAUUCGCACAAUUUUCUGAAUUUGGCCGGGUGCCAGGAGCUCCUGCCCGCUGCUAACUUGGACAAGUCAUUCACUUCCCCCAGCCUCAGUUUUCCUUUCCAUAAAAUAGGGUGAUGAUAACACAAUGUGAGGAUUAGAGGUAGUGAAUUGUUGAGUCCCUUACCUGUAGUUAGAUGAAUACCUAAUACGAGUUAUUGUUAUUUUAAAGAUGAAGGAACAGAUUCUCAGAGAUGAUGUCACCUCCCCAAAGUCACAUUACAAGUAAAUGACAGACAAUCUCAGUUCUUCCUGUAUGUGCAGUGUCCACGGAGCACACGAUACCUCCAUGCUGGGCACUGGGCUGGGCCCUGUCAGGGCAUUGUCUCUACCCUCUAAGAGCUCAUGGAUUAAGGCAGAGUCACAUUCUCACUCAGCUUACUUUAGUACAAGACAGAAUGGUGGGUGUCAUGGCUCGAUGUCUUCCUUUGUGAGUCCCAUGUGAUGCCUGAGGAUGUCAUGUACCUUAUCUUCACAACUAGGCUUGGCCAGUGCCAUUGUCAGGAAACAGACACUCAGAGAUUGUCACCUGUCUAAAAUCAAACAGUAGUGAGUGAGCUUUUUCCACUUCACCACACUACUAAGAAAGGACCAAGGUGGCACCAGGGCACAGAAAGGCUCACCAGCAGAGGUGACAUUUGAGCUGGGCUUUGAGGGAUGAAUAGGAGUUCUGAAGUUGAAGGCGAAAAUAGUGAAACCAAAGAGAAGUCCGUAAGCCAAGGCAUAGAAGCUGAAAGUGCCCAACAAGGACUCUCCCAAUCCAGCCAGAGCACAGGGGGCGUGGUGGAGAUGUCUGAGAAAGAGACAAAACUGAUGGAGUGGGGCAGGACAGACUUGCUGACAGACUGUGAAGGCAACACUUCUUCCACAUUUUUAUGGCAAGUGAAAUUUGGUUUUCCUUUUCAAGAUUCAGCUGGAACAUCACCACCUCCAGGAAGCCCUCUCUACCUCCCCAGGCAGCAUUGUGUGCCCCACAGUCCCUGAUGUCCCUCCACCACGGUCCUGGGUAUUAUCAAGAGCUCUUCCACACCUCACAAUUUCCUGGCUAUGAUCUCCCUGGUUCUGGUCUGCGUCCUCCAGACCCACUGUUUCCACUAAGCUUCCAGGGGUCUCCUAGACACUCCCUCUGUCCGGCCCUCCUUUGGCCGGGCAAGAGGCAGUCUUCACUCUAAGAGGCCCUGGUGAGAUCUGAUGGGAGCUCCUGCCUUGGCUUGUCCCCUCUUCGUCACCAAUCCCCCUUUGUUCAGCCCAGUGGGCCCCCUGCGGAAUCCCACAACGGCCCCUGUGAAACUUCCCCACACUCCUCAGACCUCCUACACCCACUCCUGCCCCCUCAGUAGGUGACUCCACUGCCCAUCACAUGGGAGAGCUUCUGCCACUUCCUGCUCCACCUCUUUGGAUCUUCUCUGCACCUGCCCCAGUGCCCUUUCUUCUCUCCUUCCUCCAGGAGGAGGAACCUCCCCUCAUUCCAAAGCCAGCCCAGGUACCCUUGCUAUGGGUCUCACCUUCACCUGCCCCUCCAGGAUGCCUCCCCCACUGUGGUAGUUAUGUCUCUUUCUUUCUCUGUCUCUUUCACCUUUAAUUUCUGCCUUUAGACUGAUACCUCCCUUUCACCACCCCCACCCAAUAUUUUGAAAGUACCCUGUUAUGAAUUGAGUACUUCCCCCCAAAACUGGUAUGUCGAAGCCCUAACCCCAAUGUAAUGAUAUUUGGACGUGGGGCCUUUGGGAGGUAAUUAGGUUUAGAUGAGGUCAUGAGGAUGGGGCCUGAUGAUGGGAUUAGUGCCCUUAUAAGAAGAGGAAAAGAGACCAAAGUUCUUUUUCUCUCCACCAGUGUGAGGUCACAGCUAGAAGGCCACUGUCUGCAAACCAGGAAGAGAGCUCUCAUGAGAAGCCAAAUCUGCUGGCACCUUGAUCUUGGGCUUUCCAGCCUCCAGAAUUAUGAGAAAUAGGUAUCUUUUGUUUCAGCCACCCAGUGUGUGGUAUUUUGUUAUGGCAGUCCAAGCCUACUAACAUACCAUCUAGACUCUGUACUCCCUGCAUCCAUUUCCUCAUACCCGCCCCCCCCUUAUUCCUUGACUCAGUCUGACUUCACCGCCCCCCCCAACCACAACUCCAAGGGCACUGCACUAGCCAAGGUCAUGGACUGCUUCUUACUGCCAGGGCCCUUCUUUGUCACAUUCAGCGCCAUUGACCAUCAUCUCUUUCUUGACCGCAUAGCAGUCAGAGUCCAGACAUUUCACAGGUGUCAAGUUGGCAAAAAUUAAAAAGUCAGAUAAUAUCAAGUGUUGGUGAGGAUGGGAAGUGACAGGGAUGCUUUUGUACUGCUAGUGGGAGAGAGAAUCAAUUCACUUUGGAGGGCAGUUUGACAAACUCGUAAUUCAAAGGUGUUCAUAUCACACUACCCAGCUGUUCCCCUCUGCAGUGGACAGAAUAAUAGACCCCAAAGGUGUCCACAUCCUAAUCCCUGGAACCUGUGAACUUGUUACCUUCCAUGGUGAAAGGAACUUUGCAGAUGUGAUUAAGUCAAGGAUCUCGAGAUGGAGAGAUUAUCCUGGAUCACCCAGGUGGGGCCAGUGUAACCACAAGAGUCCUUAUAAGGGGGAGGCAGGAGGGUCAGAAUCAGACAAGGAGGUUUGACAGUAAAAUCGGAGGGUCAGAGUGACAGAGAAAUUUGAAGACACUACGUUGCUGGCUUUGAAGCUGGAGGAAGAAGCCACGAGCAGGCAGCCUCUAGAAACCAGAAAAGGCAAGGAAAUUGAUUCUCCUUUGGAGACUCCAGAGAGAGUGCGCCCCUGCCAAUACCUUAAUUUCAGCCCAGUGAAACCCAUUUCAGACUCCUGACAUCCAGAAAUGUAAGAUAAUAAACCUGUGUUGUUUUAAGGCACUAAUAUGGUAAUUUGUUACAGCAGCGAUAGGAAACUAACACAAACUCCUAGGAAUUUUCGCUGUCUUGGACUAGGAGACAAGAACGGGAAUGUUUGCAGUGUCUCUACUUGUAAUGACGAAAAACUGGAAACAACCCAAAUGUCCAAUACAGUGGAACACUUCAUUCUACACAGCAACAGAAAUGGGCAAAUUACAGCUACACGUGUCAACUUGGCUAAAUCUCACAAACAAUACAGUGAAAAAAAAGGCAGCCUCAGAAGACUACAUUCAGUAUAAUACUGUUUAUGUAAAGUUUAGAAACAUGCAGAACCGUACUUUAUAUUAUUGCUUGGAGAUACGUACAAAGUAAAAGUACAGGAACAAUAAAUACCAAAUUCAGCAGUGUGGCCGUCUGGCAGAAGAGGGAUGGAAUCGGGGAGGAGACAGAGGGGACUUCAAUGGCAUUAAGAGAUAGUUCAGUUUCUUAGGCUGAGUGAGAGUACACAGGUGUGCACUGUAUUAUUCUUUAUAUUAAUACUUUGGGGUAAGCCUGAAAACUUCUAUAUAAAAUUAAUAAUUUUUAGGGUCAAUUUUUAGACCUUAGCUUUGAAGUCACUCAGACCUGGGUCCCAUUCUGACCUCUGCCACUUCCUAUGUGACCAAGAGCAAAGUCCUUAAUUCCCUGAAUCUCAAUUAUAUCAUCUUUAAAAUGGGUAGUUGAAGGAUUAGGUGACUUGAUAUGUGUCUACCACAAUGUCUGACACUUAGUCGGUUCUCCAAAAACAGCAACUGCAAUGGGUUCCUCUUUCUAGAAAUGAUCCAUUGGAUUUAAUUUAUGGGGUACCUACUAUCUUCCAGGGGCUGACUGGAGAAAGGGAACACUUCAUCUUCAUGGUUCUGCUCCCUGAUUCAGUCUUUUUUAAAAAAAAAUAAUAAUAAAUUUAUUUAUAUUUGGCUGCGUUGGGUCUUCGUUGCUGCGCGCGGGCUUUCUCUAGUUGCGGAGAGUGGGGGCUUCUCUUCCUUGCGGUGCACAGGCUUCUCAUUGCGGUGGCUUCUCUUGUUGCAGGGCGUGGGCUCUAGGCUUGUGGGCUUCAGUAGUUGUGGUGCGAGGGCUCAGUCCUUGUGGCUCGCGGGCUCUAGAGCACAGUCUCAGUAGUUGUGGUGCACAGGUUUAGUUGCUCCGUGGCAUGUGGGAUCUUCCAAGAUCAGAGCUUGAACCCGUGUCCCCUGCAUUGGCAGGCGGAUUCUUAACCACUGCGCCACCAUGGAAGUCCGAUUCAGCCUUUAAAUUCAUUAUUCUCCAAGGAUUCAAUCACCACCCCCUCAAAAAAAAAAAAAAGCAGCUUUAUUGAGAUACAUGCCAUACAAUUCAACAAUUUAAAUUGUACAAUUCAAUGGUUUUUGGUAUAUUCACAGAGCUGUGUAUCCAUUGGCACAAUUUUAGAACAUUUUCAUCACCCCAGAAAAGCAGCUCCGUGCCCAUAAGCAGUGACUCCUCAUUUCCCCCAGAUCCCACUCCGACCACCAGCCCCAGGCAACUAACCUUCUUUCUGUCUCUAUAGAUUAGAUUUGCCUGUUCUGGACAUUUCAUACUAAUGGUAUCCUAUAAUAUGUGGCCUUUUGUGACUGGCUUCUUUCAUUUAAUAUAUAUUUUUAAAAUAAAUUUAUUUUUUUUUAAUUUAUUUAUUUUUGGCUGCGUUGGAUCUUCAUUGCUGUGCGUGGGCUUUCUCUAGUUGCGUUGAGUGGGGGGCUACUCUUCAUUGCAGUGCAUGGGCUUCUCACUGCAGUGGCUUCUCUUGUUGUGGAGCACAGGCUCUAGGCGCGCGGGCUUCAGCAGUUGUAGCACGCAGGCUCAGUAGUUGUGGUGUGUGGGCUCAGUAGUUGUGACGCAUGGGCUUAGUUGCUCCGUGGCAUGUGGGAUCUUCCUGGACCAGGGCUCAAACCAGUACCCCCUGCACUGGCAGGCAGAUUCUUAACCACUGCGCCACCAGGGAAGUCCUAAUAAAAUGUUUUAAAGAUUCAUUCAUGUUGUAGAAUUUAUUAGUAAUGAUUCCUUUUGAUUUUUUUUGUGGCACAUAUGUGACAUAAAAUUUCCCGUUUUAAUCAUUUUAAAGUAUACAGUUCUGUGACAUUAAGUCCAUUCCCCUUGUUCUGCAACCAUCACCACGAUCCAUCUCCAGAACUUUUUUAUUUUCCCAAACUGAAGCUCUAUGUCCAUUAAAUACUCCCUCCCCAUCCCCCCCUCACCCCAGCCCCUGACACACACCAUUCUACUUUCUGUUUCUAUGAAUUUGACUACUCUAGGUGCCUCAUAUAAGUGGAAUCAUACAGUAUUUGUCCUUUUGCAACUGGUUUGUUUCACUGAGCAUAAUGUCUUCACGGUUCUUCCAUGUUGUAUAGCAUAUCAAUAUUUCCUUCCUUUUUAAGGCCAAAUCAUAUUCCAUUGUAUAUCUAUUGAUUCCUUUUUAUUACCAAAUAAUAUUCCAUUGCAUGUAUUUACCACAAUUUGUUUAUCCAUUCAUCACUUGGUGAACAUUGGGGUUGUUUCAUCUUUUUGGCUAUUAUGAAUAAUGCUGUUAUAAACAUUGUCAUACAAGUUUUUAUGUGACAUGUUUUUUCCUCUUGCUUAUAUACCAAUGAGUGGGUAUAUGAUAAUUCCACGUUUAAUCUUUCUGAGGAAAGGCCAGACUGUUUUCCAAAGCAGUUGCGCCAUCUUACACUUGCACUAGCAAUGUAUGAAGUUCCAUUUUCUUCACCAACACUUGUUAUUGUCUAUCUUUUUUUAUUAUAACUCUCCUAGUGGGUGUGAAGUGUUAUCUCAUGAUUUCAAUUUGCACAUCUCUGGUGACUAAUGAUGUUCACCAUCUUUUCAUGUGCUAUUGGUCAUUUUUAUAUCUACUUUGGGGAAAAGCCUAUUCAGACACUUUGCUCAUUUUUCAGUUGGUUAUUGGUCUCUUUAUUUUUUCUUAAUUAAUUAAUUAAAUUUAAUUUACUUUUGGCUGUGUUGGGUCUUCUUGCUGCAUACGGGCUUUCUCUAGUUGCGGCGAGUGGGGGCUACUCUUCAUUGAGGUGCGCGACCUUCUCAUGGCGGUGGCUUCUCUUGUUGCGGAGCAUGGGCUCUAGGUGCACGGGCUUCAGUAGUUGUGGCACAUGGGCUCAGUAGUUGUGGCUCACGGGCUCUAGAGCAGAAGCUCAGUAGUUGUGGUGCAUGGGCUUAGCUGCUCCGUGGCAUGUGGGAUCUUCCCGGACCAGGGCUCGAACCCGUGUCCCUUGUAUUGGCAGGCAGAUUCUUAAUCACUGCACCACCAUGUCCCUUGUAUUGGCAGGCAGAUUCUUAAUCACUGCACUGCACCACCAGGGAAGUCCCAUGUUUCUUUAUUUUUGAGUUGUAAGAGUUCUUUAUAUAUUCUGGAAACUAGUCCUUUAUCAGAUAUAUGGUUUAUAAUUUUCUCCCAUUCUGUAGGUCGUCUUUUCACUUUCUUGAUGGUGUCCUUUUUUUUUUUUUUUUUUUCCGGUACGCGGGCCUCUCACUGCCGUGGCCUCUCCCACCGCGGAGCACAGGCUCCGGAAGCGCAGGCCCAGCGGCCACGGCCCACGGGCCCAGCCACUCCACGGCAUGUGGGAUCCUCCCAGACCGGGGCACGAACCCACGUCACCUGCAUUGGCAGGCGGACUCUCAACCACUGCGCCACCAGGGAAGCCCCGGUGGCGUCCUUUGAUGCACAAAAGUUUUUAUGAAAGUCUGAUGAAGUACAAUUAUCAAUUUUUUUUCUUUUGUUGCUUGUACUUUGGCAUCAUAUCUAAGAAACCAUUUUCUAAUUCAAGAUCAUAAAGAUUUAUUAUACCUUUAUGUUUUCUUCUAAGGGUUUUAUAGUUUUAGCUCUUCCAUUUAGGUCAUUGAUCCAUUUUGAGUUAAUCUUGUAUAUGGUAUAAGGUAGGGAUCUGACUUCAUACUUUUGCUUGUGGAUAUCCAGUUAUCCCAGCGCACACACACACACACACACACACACAUAUCCCUUUUAAAAUGUGGACCUCAGGACUUCCCUGGUGGUGCAGUGGUUACGAAUCCGCCUGCCAAUGCAGGGGACACGGGUUCGAGCCCUGGUCUGGGAAGAUCCCACAUGCCGCGGAGCAACUAAGCCUGUGUGCCACAAAUACUGAGCCUGCGCUCUGGAGCCCGCAAGCCACAACUACUGAGCCCACGCACUGCAACUACUGAAGCCCGCGCACCUACAGCCCGUGCUCCAUGACAAGAGAGGCCACUGCGAUGAGAAGCCUGUGCACCACAACAAAAAGUAACCCCCGCUCACCGUAACUAGAGAAAACCCACGCACAGCAAUGAAGACCCAACGCAGCCAAAAAUAUAAAUUAAUUAAUUAAUUAAAAAAAAAAGUUCCUUUAUGUUCUUUUGUAAUCACUCCCUCCAGUCUCUCCCACACCCCUCAACUCCAUCCCCAGAUAACCCUGAUCUGCUUCCUGUCACUGCAGGUUAGACUGCAUUUUUGAGAAUUUUACAUAAAUGGAAUCAUACAGUGUAUACUAUUUUUCUUAUUUGGCUUCUUUCACUCAGAAUAAUUCUUUUGUUAUCCAUCCAGACUGUUGCAUUUAUCAGUUUGUUCCUUUUUAUCUCAGUAUAAUAUUUCAUUGUAUGGAUAUACCACAAUUUGUUUAUCCAUUCGCCUAUUGCUGGACCUUUCGAUUGUUUCCAGUUUAAGGCUUUUUUGUUGUUGUUGUUUUCAGUUUAAGGCUUUUACAAACAAAGCUGCUAUUAACAUUGCAUAUGUCUUAGUAUGAACAUAGCCUUUCAUUUUUCUUGACUAAAUACCUAGAAAUGAAAUGACUGGGUCAGGUGGUAGGUGUCUUUAACAUUUGAAGAACCGCCAAACAGUUUUCCAAACUGUUUUAACAUACCCACCAGCAGUAUCUGAGUUCCAGUUACUCCAUAUUCUUACCAACACUUUAUAUGCUUACUCUUUUUCUUUCUAGCCAUUCUAACGGGUGUGGAAUUCCUUUGUUUUUGUUAAAAAUAGUUUUGGUAUAUAGACACAGGAGUCUAAACAAUAGAUCAUUUGUAGCUGUUUUGAACCUCAUAAAAAGUGAAUGCUCCGACUUCAGCCGUCUUACCUUUCUGCUGAGGGGGACACUCUCCUACCAUAUUAUGAACAUGUUCCCACAAGCACGGGGCUAGGUACACGGGGGGCUGAAGAAAUAAGCAGCCUGACACCCUCAGCAGCCUCAGAGCUCCACCAUCUUCCUUGUGAGGGGCUCAGACAUUACCUGCCAUCCUGAGGACAGCAGCCUCCUGGACGUCACCCCACAGCAGCCCUUCGAUGCAGUAUCUCCCACCUCUGCCCACAGUCAGUUUCCCCCAUACCCCCUUAUUUGAUUUAGACAGUCAGCAUCCUGCCAGGCACUUAGGCUCAAAUCAGGAAAGCCUUUCUCACCCCUAAAGCUUUGAUCUGUCGACAAAUCCUCUUCACCCAAUUCUGCCGACAUUUACAAGUGUGUUAUUUUGUUAACAAAGGUCCUGUUCUGGGGCUGGAUCUAGAGUUGAGUGAGACCCAAGACCUUUGGCAAAGUGACAGUCAGUCCCUUCAGCUGGGCAAGUCCUCCCUCCACCUCCCCAAGGCAGUUGUGCAGUCCUGGCCCAGCUGAGGCAGACAUGCCCCUCCUGGGCUGAGCGCCCCCUCCCCUCUUUUAUGGCUCCCUGUCCUCUCCUGGAUGGGGUCUACAUUUCUUUGUCUAAUGUCUGUGUUCCUCUAUGAUUUUCUUCCUUUUUCCUUUUCCCCCAUCUCAUACUUGCCUAUAGACCCCCUUCCACUCAAGCCAGACUCUUGGCUAUUCCCCAGUCUCACACUGCAUCUCUACACCUCUCCUGCCUUUGCCCAAGACGUCCCGCUACCUAGAAUGCCCUUCAUGGGAAUCCCCUAGCGGUCCAGUUGUUAGGACUCCGUGCUUUCACUGCCGAGGGCCCAGGUUCAAUCCCUGGUCGGGGAAUUAAGAUCAUGCAAGCUGCGUGAUGUGGCCAAAAAGAAAAAGAAAAAGAAUGCCCUUCCUCCCAAUGCCUUGUCCUAAAACUAUUGAAGAACUGACCCAUCCUUUUGGCCUAGCACACACCUCCUCCUCCACAGGCAGAAUCAAUCCUGCCUUCCCAGCACACUCUGUCCCAUCCCUGAUCCCAGCCUGACCUGUACCAGAGUCAUUAAAGACUCACACAUCCCUACUCCUUGCUAGACUCGAGGUCCCCCUGGAGACAGAAUCUGUGUCAUUUUUCCAAUCCCAGCCCCCAGCACAGGCUCUAUUACAUGGCAGGUGCAGGACCAGGACACCUGGACUCAAAUUUCACUGUAUGAACCUCAGACAAAUUACUCAGUAUCUCUGUGCCUCUGUUUCCUCAUCUGUAAAAUAAGGAAAAACACCCACCCCAUUUUGUGGUUGAAGGGAUUCAAUGAAUAAACCCACAUAAAGGGCUUAGGAAGUAUAGGCAGGACCCUGGCAAGUGGUCAGUGCUUGACAAAUCUUAGCUAGAAAUGGUAGUAAUUUGUUGCUGAAAUGAGACCCUGUCCUCACUCUAAAGAAUCUUCAUAUAAAGGGGGAGAUACCUUCUACUUAUCUUCAGGAGACUUCCUUAAAUGAAGAGACCCCCAACCCUCCCCAGUUUCCAUUAAGGGAGGGGGAGCCAUCCACCAGAGUCAUUUAACUCACCUCCCUUCUUUCUCAGCGUCAAAGUAACCAUGAACGUCCUCCUCCUUCAGGAAACCUUCCAGGGUUGGACUGCCUCAGGGAACUUCUGCUUCCCUCUGUAUUUCUCUGAUGUGAAGGCCACCCCCUCCACCCUGCUUCCCAUCUUCACCUUGCUCUCCUCUUAUUCUGCAAGGGAUGUAACCCUCCAGACCACUUCCAGGUCAACCUGAGGUUUUUCUAUAAGUGUAGCUGGAGCUAAGAGGGGCCCUGGAGAGAGAAGAUCCUGUUGGAACUUCCCUGCCUCCCCUGUUUUACAUGUGGGUAGGAUAAAUCUAGGAUGCUCAGUUAAAUCGGAAUUUCAGAUAAACAGUAUGAAUAAUCUUUUAGUAUAAGUAUGCCCCAAAUAUUGCAUGAGACAUACUCAGACUUAGUGGUGGGGUUCAGGGAGAGGGCAGAGGCAUAGGAGGAGACAGGGACCCAGGGGAGAGAAAGGAGGUCAGAAAGAGGUUCCAGGAGGAACCGGGAGCUCAGGGAGGGUAAAGGGUGUGUGGAGGGGGAGGGCUUCAUAAGGGGUGGGUGUGUGUGAGAAGGGGAGGGCUGCUCAAGGAAUGGGAGUGGGGAUCGGUGAGGACGAUGGGAAAUCAGGCAGAGAGAGCAGGUCUCAGAGGCAGGAGGGGGCUCAGGACGGGGCAUGAGUGGAGCUGGCGCUCAGGGAAUGAAUGGGUCUCGGUGAGCAGGAUGGGAACUCAGAGAGAAGAGGGGCUGCGGCUCAGGGCGUAACCGAGGCUGUCCCAGGCUCUGCCUCUGCCCACCUGGGCCUGGCUCCACACCUGUGGCUCCUCCCUUCUCCAACCCAGCCCGCGGGUUGGGAGCCGGGCACUAAGCCCCGCGGAGAGGGAGGUUAAAGGUGAGCGGCACGCGCCGGUCGCAGAUGGGGAUUGGCAGGCGCCUGGGCUCAUGGCCCGGGCCAGGGCUGCCCCACAGGCCGCCGGCUGGGUGAGCGGUUGCCACCCACGUGCUAAGGAGAGAAGGAGGCACCGGAUCAAGGGGCAAAGGACACCCUGAGGGGGCGGGAGGGCGGGGGCCGGGCAGUGCCAGCGUCCACACCCGCUGCGUAGGCAGCGCAGAGCCAUCUGCCGCCGGCGCAGAGAAGACACUGAGAGCGAGUGGCGUCGGCCCAGAGCAUCCCGCGUGCGCCCCGGACGCCGCACGGACGCAGCACGGGAGACCCCGUGGCCCUGGCUGGGAGCCACCACGCCCUCCGCAGAUCGCGCGGAAUCCAGUCUCAGAGCACAAAGACAAGUGGUUCUCGAUCCAGAUCAGAGGUAGUCUAUUUGGGAUUAUUUUUUCACUUGGUAUUUUCAUAAUUUAAAAAUGUAUGGGGCUUCCCUGGUGGCGCAGUGGUUAAGAAUCCACCUGCCAAUGCAGGAGACGGGGGUUUGAGUCCUGGUCCGGAAGGAUCCCACAUGCCGCGGAGCAACUAAGCCCGUGCGCCACAACUACUGAGCCCGCGAGCCACAACUACUGAAGCCUGCGCGCCUAGGGCUCAUGCUCCACAGCAAGAGAAGCCACUGCAAUGAGAAGCCUGCGCACUGCAACUAAGUGUAGCCCCCACUCGCCACAACUAGAGAAAGCCCGCGCGCAGCAAUGAAGACCCAAUGCAGCCAAAAAUAAAUAAAUUUAUGAAAAACAAUGUAUGAACUGGGACUUCCCUGGUGGCGCAGUGGUUAAGAAUCCACUUGCCAAUGCAGGGGACAUGUGUUCGAGCCCUGGUCCAGGAAGAUCCCGCAUGCCGCGGAGCAACUAAGCCCAUGCGCCACAGCUACUGAGCCCACGUGCCACAACUACUGAAGACCACGCGCCUAGAGCCCGGGCUCCACAACAAGAGAAGCCACCACUGUGAGAAGCCUGCGCACCACAACGAAGAGUAGCCCCCUCUCUGCAACUAGAGAAAGACUGCGCGCAGCAACGAAGACCCAACACGGCUGAAAAAAAAAAAAAGUAUGAACAAUAUGACACUACUUGUAAUAUCACUAUACGUAAAUAUAGAAGCAGAAGGUCUGUAAGCAUGAAGUGUACUUUUCGCAAAGAGAAGUGACUUUUUUCUUUCCUCAUAGGAUGAGACCCGUAUUUUUUGAUAGAACAGCUGGGUGCUUCUGAUAUGAAAACUCAUCCAGUCCAACUUCCUCUUUGAUGUAGUCAUAUUUAUCAAUUGUCUCUUCAUGAUUUGUUCAUCCAUUUUUCAGAUACAGAAACUGAGACCCAGACAGGGGAAAUUACUUCCCAACUUGCCGCCGGUUAGACACACAGCUAAGACUCCUCUUUCUCACUCUCAUCUACCUCUCCAUCCUCUAUUCCCUCAACUCACUCAACGAUCUCUCCCCCUGCCAAAUCCUCCUCUGGGCCUGAUGCACCAUCGCUCUCCCCACCUCCUAGAUGCCUGAUGCACCCCCAGCCAAGGCAGGCUUCCGUGAGGCUGCAUGUGCACGUGCAAACUGAGUCUCUCUUUUAAAAAACUUGUAAGUCUAACGUCCAUAUAGAAAGGGUAAACAUCAUAAGUAUCUAGCUCAGUGAAUACUACAGUGAACACACCUGUUUCCUGAACCCAGAUAAAGAGACAAAAUGUUAGCAGCCCCUUCUUGAUCCCUUCUAGUCAUCCCAAGGCUAAAACACAGCCUAACACCAGAGAUUAGCCCGUUUUGGAGCUUUAUAUAAAUGAAGCCUUACAGCAUCCACACUUCCAUGUCAGGCUGCUUUUGCUUAACAGACUGUCAGUGGGAUUCAUCCAUAUGGUUGCAUCUGGUGGUAGAGUGUUCGUCUCAUUGCUGUGUUAAGAUUCCGUAGUGUGUCUGUGCUGUGAUAUAUUUAUCCGUUCGCCUGUUGAUAAACAUUUGAGUUGUUUCCAAUAUUGAGCUAAUAAGAAUAAUGCUGCUCUGAAUACUCUUGUACAUGUCUUUUGGUGCACAUACGUGCACGUUUCUGUGGAACUGCUGGGUCAUAAGGUACGUGGAUGUUCAGUUCUGGUAGAUACGGACAAAUAGUUUUCCCAAAUGAUUGUGCCAAGUCACACAGCGAUGGUGGCAGUGGAUGGGGUUCUGUGCACACCACAUCCUCACAAACAAUUGCUAGUCCUUUUAAUUUGAGAAAGUAGGUAUUUGUAAGGCAGGCUUCCAUCAGAUUGCCUGGGUUUGAAUCCCAUUAUCUUUUUUAAAUUUUUAAUUUUAUUUAUUUAUGUUUUAUGGCCGCACCACGUGGCAUGUGAGAUCUUAGUUCCCUGACAAGGGAUCGAACCCGAGUCCCCCUGCAGUGGAAGUGCGGCGUCUUAACCACUAAACCACCAGGGAAGUCCCUCCCAUUCUCUUUUUCCCUUGUGACCUUCAGCAAAGCCUGUUUCCUUGUCUACAAAAUGGGUUGAAAGUCAUGGGGCUGUUAGGAAGAUUCCCUAGACUGAGUAGGUUAGGCUCCAUAAACAUUAACUGUUUAUAGUUAAUUCUCACAACAACCCUCUGAAUCACUUCCCUUCCUCAGUUUCCCCUUCCGUAAAAUGGCAAUAAAAAUACGAACACACCCACACAUACACACACAGUGGGGAGGAUUAUCAGUAAGUGAAAUACUAUAUUAAAUGCCUAAUUUUUUUACUGAGAUAUAAUACACUUAUUAUCAAAUUUACCCCUUUUCACUGGCUUUUAGUAUUUCACGAAGUUGUGCGAACAUCACCACUAUGUAAUUCUAGAACAUUUUCAUCACCCCAAAAAGAAACCCCAUACCCCUUGUAAUCAUUCCUCAUUUUCCCACACCCAGCUAGUCUCAACCCCUGGCAGCUGCUAAUCUACUUUCCAUCUCUAUGGAUAUUAAGAGUACCAAAUCUUUGCUUUUCUAUAUGUUUUAAUUUUCGCAAAAGUGAAAUACCUAGCACUGGGACAGGCGUAUAAUGUGCACUUAAUAAAUGUUAUCUAUGUGUGUAUGUGGAUGGAUGGAUGGAUAGUUGGAUAGAUAGAUAGAUAGAUAGAUAGAUAGACAGAUGAAUAGGUAGAGCACACUUAGUAGACAGAUAUAAUAUAAACUCAUUCAUUCAACAAAUACCCAUUUGCACUUGAGAGGAAAAUGGUCCAUUGAGAGAAGUAAGAUGUGAUUCUUGCUUUCGGGGAAUUUGCCAUCUAGUGGGAAGAGAGGCAGGUGCAAGUGAACGCAGGGCAGAAUGAAAUUACAGUUGUAUCUGAACAAGAUGCUAGAGGAGGAAGUGGCAUCUAGGGUCCAUCUAGGAUGGGUAAGCUUUCCUGACGUCGAAUGGCAGUCUGGGGGAGCAAUCCUGAGAACUAAGGCUGGGAGACAGGGAGGGUUUGGUGUCAGGCAGGACCUCUGGGACGGCCACGUCUUCACACCCAGUCAAGACCCCGCCCUACAUCUCCACAGCUGUGAAAAAGACUUGUCUGUAGCAAGAGGUUAUAAACACUGGGUGAUACAGGCCAAAUGGGAAAGGAGCGAAGGGGUGACCUGGGCUAGCACACGCAAGUCUGCACUGUCAUCUGGGCAAGGACACUCUGAAACGGCUAUGCCCUCGGUCUAUGGAGAGUGGCAGCCUCAUAGGUGUAGGAACCAGGACUUCCAAGUCAGAUCUGGCUCUGCCUUUUCUCAGCUGGGGACCUUGAGUAACUGCUUCCCCGCUCUGAGCCUGUCUCUUCAACUGUAAUAUGAAGCUAAUAACACUUACUUCAGUAGCAUUAGACAUGAUGGUUCAAAAGUGUUGGACACAGUGCCUGGAAUGAGGAAUACGUACUCCCUUAAAUGGCCAUACAGAUAGGUUGGGGGAGGCUGGGUAAAGUGAAGGAAGCACACAUUCAAGGCCUCAGGAAAGUUGAGGCAUUUAGAACACUUUUAAUUAAAUUAUUUAUUUAGACUAGUGAUGGAUUUUAUUUAUUUAUUUAUUUGUUUAUUUAUUGGCUGCAUUGGAUCUUCGUUGCUGUGCACAGGCUUUCUCUAGUUGUGGCGAGCGGGAGCUACUCUUCAUUGCGGUGCGCAGGCUUCUUGUUGCAGUGGCUUCUCUUGUUGCAGAGCACGGGCUCUCGGCGCACAGGCUUCACUAGUUGCAGCGCGUGGGCUCAGUAGUUGUGGCUCGUGGGCUCUAGAGUGCAGGCUCAGUAGUUGUGACACAUGGGCUUAGCUGCUCUGCCGCAUGUGGGAUCUUCCUGGACCAGGGAUUGAACCCAUGUCCCCUGCAUUGGCAGGCAGAUUCUUAACCACUGCGUCACCAGGGAAGUCCCAGAACACUUUUUAAAAUUUAGUAAUUGAUAUACGUAUUUUUAAGAUUGAAGAUGUCAUCAUGGGAGAAAUCAGAAUUUGUGGACUUCCUUUUCUUAUUCAGAUAAGUGAGUUUAUUUUUUUCCAAAAUUCAUUUGGGUAACUGUUUUGUAUUUUUUGUGUCAUUUUUUUUAAAUUGAAGUAUAGUUGAUUUACAGUGUUGUGUUAGUUUGUUAGGUGUACAGCUAAGUGAUUCCAUUUUUUUAUAUAUAUUCUUUAUAUAUAUAUAUUUUUUUCAUAUAAAUAUAAUAUAUAUUCUUUUCCGAUUCUUUUCUAUUAUAGGUCAUUACAAGAUAUUGAAUAUAGUUCCCCGUGCUAUACAAUAGGCCCUUGUUUAUCUUGGACUUCCUUUUAUUUGUUGUAGUGUUGUUUUGUUUUGAAUUAUGUGCAGAGGGAUUGUCUUUUCAGUGCUUAAGCCUCCAAAGGUAUUAUCAGGCCCUCAGGAGGGCAGAAAUGGGGUGCAGAUGCCUGUGGAGGGUUAGGGCAAGGGGUGAGGGAGAUAAUCCACUCUACUGAGAACCAGCUCAAAGGAAAGUCUUUUGAACCACAGAACACAACCCUGAGAUUUUCUCCUGGGGACAGGAGGCCUGAGGAGCCUGGGAGGGUGAGCUGGAAUGCUGAUAGCAGGGACUUAGAACCAAGGGUGGUUCAAGUUGCAGGACCCUAAGAAAUCACUGAAUUCAACUUCCCCAUUUUACAGAGAGACAGAUCCCCAGUAAGACAGAGACUUGCCCAGGGUCAUUCAUGGAAUUAGUGGCAGAGCAGGAUCAAUUCAGGUGUCUGCUUAAGCCAGGGCCCCUGAAGCUAGGCGGCGCCAAGGGAGAGGAGGCCCUGUUUCCUACUCCUGCCUCCACAGUGCGUUCCCCAAGUGCCUGGGUGCCCAGCAUGGGGGCUCAGAUACUCUAGGACACAGUUCUGCCUCAGGGCCCAGAGGCCAGGGGAGAAGUCAGACAGGCACAUAAGGGAAAUCCACUGUGCCAAGGAUCCCAAAAGGGCCACUUAGGGAGGGCCCUCUCUCCAGAGGAGGCAGGCUGAGGUGGGCAUACGAGGAGCCCCAGAAUUUGGGAGAGGUGGGCAGGGAGAAUGAACACCUGCAGAGAGCAGCAGGGGGCAAGUGGAGCAGGGCAGCUGGGGCUCCUGGGAAUGUGAGGUGACUGUUUGUCAGGGACAGAGGGAACCUGUCCAAGGGACGUGGUGUGUGGAAGGGCUGGCCUGUGACCAGCCUGGGUAACCAUUUCAGCACCUCAAGCGGUCCCAGGGGCCCUCGGGGCACUGCUGUUUGAUUGUGGGAGCUGUGUGAUCCUACCAGGGGAUGGAAGAAAGUGUAUGGGGGAACCUUUUCCAAGCCUUCAGCCCCCAAAUGACCACUUCCUCCCCUUUCCCUCCUGUGUCUUAACUAGGCCACACCCUCUGCAAAACCAAGGGAGGUUAACAUUUGCCUCCAGCCCUCACCUGUCCCCGCACCAGAGAUAGCCCUGGGUGGGAAUGCCGGAAUUCUUCUAGACCAGGCUUUGUGGCUGUCCCUCUGUAGAUCCGUGGGCCUGUUUCCACUCCUGUGGACUCUGGUGCCCGCUCUGAUGUGGGGCAAGAACUCUACCUCUAAGGAUUGUUAAAGGCGCCAGUGAGGUGACAGGUGUGAUUGCCUCAGACCGAACAGCCUAGUUUGUGUCCUCUGGGUGAGAAGAGGGCCUUCAGAAACAGGAACACAAGGUGGACCACUGGGUCGGUGAGAGGAGGGGGCCCAGAGCAGAUGGCCUGCCUAGGGGAUGUCCGGGGAGGGUGACCAAGGCUCUGCCUUGCCAGCGAUUACCCAUCACCACUGGUAACGAUCCUGCGUGGCCAGGCAGGAUUCACGCUCAUCUAACCCCCAGGACCUCUGUGCAGGUGCAGUGAUGAUUAUAAUGGUAACUGGAGGUAUUGAGACCGUCCUGUGGGUAGGCCACGCGAGACUUCUGAGAGGUGGGUGCUUCCAGCUGCGUGGAGCACUGAGAGAGUGAAUGUGAGCCGGGAGAUCAAAGAGAGCAGGGGGGCAGUAGUUAGGUGAGGGGCUUCACGGGAGGGCACCCCUGGGGGCAGGAAUCCCUGGCACUGAGGCGCUUUCUGGCUCAGGUGUGAACGACUCUUCUUGAGACCCCUUUUGGGUGAAGUAGGGGCGGUUCCACCAGGACUCCAAGUGGUUACAGCAUAAGGAAAGACGGGAGGGGACAUAGGGACCUCCUCCUCUUCCAAACUCUAGACCGCGGGAGCUCCAGGCCAGCGUUCUCACACCUGGCGCAUUGAUUAUGCUAAUUUAAGACAGCCCCGUCCACUCCCACACGCCACGAGGCCCCGCCCCUCGAGCGACCUAUCGUGGUUGGAGGGCGGGGCUAUGCUAAUGAGCCGGCCUGGCCCCAAGGGUUGCGCGGGCAGCUGCACCUAGCCCAGGCGAGGCGGCGGCGGCUAUGGCCACGGCCGGAGCGCUGGCGGGUCUGGUCGCGGGCUUGCAGGGCCCGCGGGUCGUCCCGAGCCCGGAUUCGGACUCAGACACAGACUCGGAGGACCCAAGUACCCGGCGCAGCGCAGGCGGGCUGCUCCGCUCGCAGGUCAUCCACAGCGGUCACUUCAUGGUGUCAUCGCCGCACAGCGACUCGCUGACCCGGCGGCGCGACCAGGAGGGGCCCCUGGGGCUCGCCGACUUCGGGCCGCGCAGCAUCGACCCCACACUCACCCGCCUCUUCGAGUGCAUGAGCCUGGCCUACAGUGGCAAGCUGGUUUCUCCCAAGUGGAAGAAUUUCAAAGGCCUCAAGCUGCUGUGCCGGGACAAGAUCCGCCUCAACAACGCCAUCUGGAGGGCCUGGUAUAUCCAGUAUGUGGAGCGGAGGAAGAGCCCCGUGUGUGGCUUCGUGACCCCCCUGCAGGGGCCUGAGGCUGAUGAGCACCGGAAACCGGAGGCCGUCGUCUUGGAGGGGAAUUAUUGGAAGCGGCGCAUCGAGGUGGUGAUGCGCGAGUACCAUAAGUGGCGCAUCUACUACAAGAAGCGGGUGGAAGGGGGGUGGCAGCCGCCGGAGCGAUGGUGCGAGCAGCUCUUCACCAGCGUGGUGCCCGUCCUGCUGGCGGGCCCAGAGGAGGAGACCGGCGGGCGGCAGCUUCUGGAUCUCGACUGCUUUCUGUCCGACAUCUCCGACACACUCUUCACCAUGACUCAGCCUGGCCCUACACCCCUGCAGCUGCCCCCCGAGGACGCCUAUGUUGGCAACGCUGACAUGAUCCAGCCAGACCUGACGCCUCUGCAGCCCAGCCUGGAUGACUUCAUGGAGAUCUCAGAUUUCUUCACCAACUACCGUCCCCCACAGACACCUACACCCUCAAGCUUCCUGGAGCCCCCCAGCUUCGGCCCCAUGGCUGACCCUGGCCUCAGCAGUGGGAUCCUGGGCUCGGAGGUGCCCUCUGCCUGCUCGGGCAUGACCCACCUCUCGGGACAUAACCGCCUGCAGGCUCGGAGCAGCUGCCCUGGCCCUCUGGACUCCAGUGCCUUCCUGAGCUCUGAUUUCCUCCUGCCUGAAGACCCCAAGCCCAAGCUCCCACCCACUCCCGCACGCCCACCCCUCCUCCAAUACCCCAGCCCUGCCAAGGGGCUUGGCCUGGAGCCCUGUGCCCCACCCCCUUUCCCUCCCAUGGCUCCACUGCCUGCUAUGCUGCAGGAAGAGCCUGUCUUCUCUCCCAGAUUCUCUUUCCCUCCUGUCCCUCCUGCCCCGGGAGUGUCCCCGCCAUCUGCUCCCACGGCCUUCGCACCCACCCCCCAGCUGGGUCCAGGCCCUGCCCCCGCCCCCUUCCCCUUAGACCUUCUACCCUCGGGGUAUUCGGAGCCCCCGUUGGGGCCUCACUUCACCGUGCCCCAAGGCACGCGGCCCAGAGGCAAGCCCCCUACCCAGUCCCCCAGGGGGCGGAGGCCCAGCCCCCCCACCUUGGCCCCUGCCACUGCCGGGGGCAACAAUCCUUGCCUCGCACAGCUGCUCACAGCAGCCAAGCCUGAGCAAGCCCUGGAACCUGCGCUUGUGUCCAGCGCCCUCCUCCGGUCCCCAGGGUCCCCGGUAAGAUGGCGGGCACUGGGAGGUGGCGGUGAACCCCGGGGCUUCACCCCGACUCUCUGCCCUUCUCCACCCCAGCAGGAGAUAGCCCCCGAGUUCCCCUGCACCUUCUUUCCCCCGACCCCGGCCCCUACACCGCCCCGACCACCUCCGGGUCCAGCCACAUUGGCCCCUCCCAGGCCCCUGAUUGUCCCCAAAGCGGAGCGGCUCUCGCCCCCAGCACCCAGCGGUGGUGAGCGGCGGCUGUCUGGGGAGCUCAACUCCCUGCCGGGCCCGGGGACUCUGAGCAUGUGCACCUCUUCCCCUCAACGCAUCCUAAGCCGGGGCCAUCCGGACAACAAGACCGAAAACCGGCGCAUCACACACAUCUCUGCGGAGCAGAAGCGGCGCUUCAACAUCAAGCUGGGGUUUGACACUCUGCACGGGUUGGUGAGCACGCUCAGCACUCAACCCAACCUCAAGAUGAGCAAAGCCACCACGCUGCAGAAGACAGCCGAGUACAUCGCCAUGCUGCAGCAGGAGCGAGCCGCCAAGCAGGAGGAGGCCCAGCAGCUCCGGGACCAGAUCGAGGCGCUCAAUGCCGCCAUCAACCUGUGCCAGCAGCAGCUGCCUGCUACGGGAGUGCCCAUCACACACCAGCGGUUCGACCAAAUGCGAGACAUGUUCGAUGACUAUGUCCGGACCCGCACGCUGCAUAACUGGAAGUUCUGGGUAUUCAGCAUCCUCAUCCGGCCUCUGUUCGAAUCCUUCAAUGGGAUGGUGUCUACGGCAAGCCUGCAGAGCCUCCGCCAGACCUCACUGGCCUGGCUGGACCAGUACUGCUCCCUGCCUGCUCUCCGGCCAACUGUUCUGAACUCCCUACGCCAGCUGAGUACAUCUACCAGUAUCCUGACGGACCCGGACUGUAUACCCGAGCAAGCCACGCGGGCAGUCACAGAGGGCACCCUUGGCAAAUCUGUAUAGCGCUGGCCGGACCACGCUGCUCACUCAGCUGCCCUGGGGCUGCGCUCCCUGGGCACUCCCCUCCUGCUCCGGGUCCCGGCUUUCAAGCAGGGUUUCUUCUGAUCUCCUGGGAGCCGGGAAGAACUGAGUUCCAGUCCCUGCUCUACUAUAGCAACAAUGCUGUGACCUGGGGAGAUCAUCCUCCCUCUUUGGACCUCCAUUCUCCAGUCUGCAAAAUGGGGACGGGGAAGCUUCAAGUAGAAGAGGAUCCCAAGGCCUUAGCAGCUGUGGCACUUGGGGGCCUAAGCUGGCAACUCAGGGAGUUUGAAAGAGGGAAGGGGACGAUGCUUCCUUGUCACUCCCACCUGCUCCCCCCACAGGUCAGGCACAGGCUUCUGUUUCUAAGCCGGGAAGGAGAAAAGGAGGUUCCUUCUCUCUGCUCCUCCACUGGUAGCCUGGACGGGCUGCAGGAUGGCAUCCCUGAGUGAGGCCAGGAAGGUCUGAUCCCAGGAGAGAGCAGGGCAGGGGGUGGCCAAGCCAGGGGAGGCAUCUGGUAUGUGUGUGGAUGAGUGUGUGUGGAUUUUGUAAAGAAUUCUUGACCAAUAAAAACAGAAACUGU